AUGAGUCCGGCAACGCCCAACGCGACGCUGCCGGAUGCGCUGACAGAGGUCUACGGUGGCACAGGCAUCGACACAGACGUCGUGCCCCUCACGCAGGUCGGAUUCGCAGAGAUCGCAGCGCAGGGCUCCGCCCUGCGGCUGGCGGUGUUCACGCGGCGAGUGGUUGAACACCUGGGGGCCGAGGUGAACGACGAAGCAGCGCUGGUCGACUUCGCGGAAGAGUUCCUCGCAGAGUCUGGCAGGACGUUUAGCAGCCUCGUCGUGGCCAUUUCUUACAAGCCCGCUUGGACGACAUUCAGCGCCGAUGCCCGCUGUGUGGCCGAUCCUGCCGCGGAUGCCGGGCAAGUCGGCCAGGCUAUCUCUUGGCUUUGCGGCCAUGGGCCCGCCAAUUUCUCUUGCGAGGACGUGCCACCAUCCUGCGCCGAAGAUGCUUUCAGCACGGGCGACUGGCUGUUCAGCCGAUGGUACAACCUCGUUGGGGAAGACCCACUGCAAGAUUGCAAUUUUGGUGGCGCCGCGCUGUAU